CCCGGAGAGCUCUACGAGCCGACUGUGGCGCGCGGUUUCCUGGGUGACGGGCUGUCGCCUUCGAGACCAAGGCAGUAACGAAAAGGAGCGCGCCCGCGCGCGCGCCUAAAGAAGAAAGAGAGAGAGAGAGAGAGUGAAAAGGAGAUAAAGAGAGCGCGCCCGCUCGACGACGACGACGACGACGACGGAGGGACACGUCGUUCGGCCGCGCAAGUGCGCCCGGGCGCCGCUGCGUUCGAGCACACGCCAUUCAUGAAGACAGAUUCGUCUCUCCAGCAGCGGAGAGGUAGUAGCGGUGGUGGCGACGACUCAGUGGGUGCAGAGAGAGACGAAGGAGUGAUUGCCAUGACUACGACAGGAGCCCAGUAUGCCCUUGCAGCAGCAUCCACCGGGGCUAAUAACAGUGGGGGUAGCUCCACGGCGGUAGGGGUGGAUUCUAAGCAAAAUGUGGUUGUCGUGACUACUACUUCCAGUUCCAGUAGCGGUGGCAGUGUAGCACAGACUCAGUCUGCCAGAGGCCAAGAACCAGAGUUCAUCACUGUCGUGACAAACCCUGACGCUUCCAGUCCCAAUAACUUACAACCCAUUCAGUUAUUGGUUCAGGAUCCACUUGAUACAACUGCAGAUUCGUCCAACGGCUCAACAGGUACACCAGCGCAUGUUACAGCACAGGUAGUAGUCAAUACUACUCAUUCUGGUCAGCACGCAUUAGUGGAUUCUGACGCUGCUUCUACAUCGGCUGGCACCAUUGUCAGUGGUUCCCCGCACUAUAUAACAGUCACAGGCACCAGUGAUUCAUCACCCUACGCAGCCCUCACAACAGCUGUAGUGUCCGGUGACGCAGAGGCGGUGGGGUCCGAGUCGAUCUCUCAUCCAACUUACGUUCAAUAUGUCGAAGGGGAUGGCUCCACGUAUAUACCAGCGAAUGGCCAGAUGACAUAUCCUGUUUACGCUGUCGGCGAAACGGGAGCAAUGUAUACUCCAGCUUCGGGUCAAUAUUACACUCCAGCAACAACGCCAGUCACGUAUGCACAGGUCACAGGACAAGGUACGAAUUCGACUACCGGACAACUGUUGUCGCAGGGCAAUGGCACGUACUUGAUUCAACAGAGCGUAGUAGAUGCAGAUCCGACCCACACGCUCAUAUCCGCAGCUACCACGCGCACCAGCCCGCCAACAGAGACGGCGGAGGCUGUGGUUAGCGGUGGUGGCGGGGCAUACUUGAUCAGCGGUAAUUCUGGAGAUAUGACUGGAGCCGUGGAAGAGGUAGCGGCAAACGUGACGCAUGCUACUAGAGUCUCCCAGGCCACCGUCCAUUGGUUAUUGGAGAAUUACGAAACCGCCGACGGCGUGUCCCUUCCAAGAUCAACACUUUACAAUCAUUAUCUACGUCAUUGCUCCGAAAACAAAUUGGAUCCUGUGAAUGCAGCUAGUUUUGGCAAAUUAAUACGUUCUGUAUUCUUGGGCUUAAGAACUAGGCGUUUAGGCACUAGGGGAAAUUCAAAGUAUCAUUAUUAUGGAAUUCGUGUUAAGCCAAGUUCACAGCUAACUGUAAUGAACGAGGAUAGCACAUCGAGACAACAGCAGAGCGCAAAUUCUCAAGCCAAGCGAUUCAAAUUUAAUAGUCAAAAACAGGACUCUUCUUACGAGAAUAACGCACACACGAACACGAAUAUUUCCGCCAAUUCCUCAUCGCCACAAUAUCACCAGUAUCUCGGUGAAGCAAGUGGCGCCAUUCCCGAUUUCCCAGACAUCUUUAUUAGUCACGACUCGUCCCUGCCCAAGGAUUGCACCCUUGAAGACAUUGAUACGUUCCGCAGCAUAUACAGAGAACACUGCGAAGCGUUCUUGGAUGCGGUGCUGAAUUUCGAAUUUGCUACGGUAGAGAGCCUUUGGAGAGAAUUCUGGCGUAGCCAGGACAAUAAUAACGGUGAUGAAUGUGAAGAAGAGAAGUAUUUGUCAAAAACCAAACUAUAUCAGAUGUGUCAGUGUACGGGAGUACAAGACUUUAUAAAAAAAGUGGACUAUACAUUCUAUCAGAAUCUAGUCGAUGUUUUAAUACCUAAUGUAUUGCGACCGAUACCAAGUUCAUUGACACAAUCUAUCCGAAACUUCGCAAAGGGAUUGGAAUCUUGGUUACAGUCAGCGAUGGCCGAUUGUCCUGAAGAAAUGACUCAAAUUAAGUUAACUGCAGUGUCAGCUUUUGCUCAAACUUUAAGGCGUUAUACAUCAUUAAAUCAUCUCGCACAGGCCGCGCGAGCGGUGCUUCAAAAUUCUAGUCAAAUUAAUCAAAUGUUAGCUGACCUGAAUCGCGUUGAUUUUCACAACGUGCAAGAACAAGCAUCCUGGGUAUGCCAAUGUGACUAUGGGAUGGUACAACGUCUUGAAACAGAUUUUAAAGUAACACUACAACAACAAAAUUCACUGGAAGAUUGGGCGAUCUGGUUGAAAGGAGUUGUUACUCAAGCGCUUAAACCACACGAGGAGAAGCCAACAUUUGCUAAAGCUGCGCGUCAAUUUUUGCUUAAGUGGUCGUUUUAUAGCUCAAUGGUUAUCCGAGAUCUCACUUUGAGGAGUGCUGCGAGUUUUGGAUCUUUUCAUCUUAUUAGAUUACUUUAUGACGAGUACAUGUUUUAUUUAAUAGAACACCAAGUAGCUAUCGCAACUGGGACUACGCCAAUAGCUGUAAUGGGAGAUAAAAGUCAAAAUUACUCUUUAGUUAAUAGCUUUGGGGCAACGUCCAAUGGAGAUGCGUCUAAUACGAGCCAACCAAAACGUAUAAAGCUAAGCUAACUGUGUGCCUACACCCUUUAGUUUAUGAGUAAACCAAUAGCACACGAAAAUGCGAAGAUACUAGCACGAAAGCAUGCAGGCCUACUACAAGAGAAAAACACACUAGUCUCAUAAAUUAUUAUUUUGUAUAACGUCAAAUUAUAAUUACGACAUAUAAGAAGAGGAUUUUUGCAUAAUGCCUACGACGUAUACAAUUCAAGUAAGUCUGUGUGAUAUAGAGAGGUAUUGUACUCCGAAGCCUUGUCUCAUAUAGGUAUGGCGCAGGUUUAAAGUAUCGCUGGCACGAUUUUAGUAUGUUAGUAUAUAUCAAAUCUAGUCGAAACAUCUUUGGAAAAAAAUUAAAGUAUACGGGACCAUGAAUUUGUCAUGCCCUCUAUCACGUUUGAAAAGCCCACUCGAUUGUGUUUUCUAUGGAUCAUUAUUCAGUAUUUAU